AUGGACCGCUACGCCGAGACGCAGGGCAAGAGGGCGCACGACCCGCUAUACAGCCCGCGGCGCGCCGCGAGGGCGACGGCCACGGGCUUCCCCGUGGGCGAGCACGGAGAGGUGCUGGCGGGGCCGGUGAUUGUGGGCGCGGGGCCGGCGGGGCUGGCGGUGGCGGCGUGCCUCACCAUGCGCGGCGUCCCGUACGUGCUGCUGGAGCGCCACGGCUGCGUCGCCUCGCUGUGGCGCCACCGCACGUACCGCAGGCUGCGCCUCCACCUGCCCAAGCGCUACUGCGAGCUGCCGCUUAUGCACUUCCCGCCAAGCUACCCGGACUACCCAACCAGGGAUCAGUUCCUCGCCUACCUCGAGGACUACAUCGCCACCUUCGGCAUCAGGCCCUUCUUCCACCAGGCUGUCGUCAGCGCCGAGCACGACGGUGACUUCUGGUGCGUCCGCACCGUCGUCGGCGGCGGCAGCGGCGGCGUCACCAGCGAGUACCGCUCCAAAUGGCUCGUCGUCGCCACCGGCGAGAACGCUGAGCCCGUCGUGCCCGACAUCGACGGCAUCCAUGCCUUCAGGGGCCUCGUCAUGCACUCCAGCGACUACCGCAGCGGCGAGGACUAUCGGGGUAAGAAGGUGCUCGUCGUCGGCUGCGGCAACUCCGGUACGGAGGUGUCUCUUGACCUCUCCAACCAUAAUGUGCACACCUCCAUGGUUGUGCGUGACUCGGUUCAUGUCCUUCCAAGAGAGAUCAUGGGGCUCUCCACUUUUGGUUUGUCCAUGUGGCUUCUCAUGUGUCUAUCAGUCCAGACAGUGGACCAGAUCCUCCUAGUGCUCACGCAGCUUGUGCUAGGCGACACUGCACGCCUCGGCAUCCCUCGACCUAGCAUUGGCCCAAUGGAGCUGAAGAAAGUCUCUGGAAAGACGCCGGUUCUAGAUGUGGGAACUAUAGCCAAGAUCAAGUCUGGAGACAUUAAAGUGUUUCCAGCAAUUCGAAGUUUCAAAGAGCAUGGUGUUCAGUUUAUUGACGGCAAAACCGAAUCAUUUGAUGUUGUGAUUCUUGCCACUGGAUACAAAAGCAAUGUUCCUUAUUGGUUGAAGGAGAAGGAUUUCUUUUCAGAGAAAAAUGGAUUUCCACACAAUUCAAAUGAAUGGAAAGGAAAGAAUGGCCUUUAUGCUGCUGGGUUCUCAAGACGUGGGCUCCUUGGUGUGUCUGUGGAUGCUACCAAUAUUGCAGAUGACAUCGUUCAAUGUUGGAAUGACUUUGGCUAUGAAAGACACAAGAGCAAAUAA